CGCGCGCCCGCCCCAGCCGGAGCCCGCGCCUGUCGCCGCCCCCUCGGAGCGCCCGCGCUGCGGCGGAGGCUGGGGGCGCGGGGCCGGCGCGCUCCGCACCUGCGGUGGCGGCGGCGCCGGGCGAUGGGCCGGCCGGGGCCGCGGGCGUCCUGAGCGCAGCGCCCACGGCGCCCCCUGCGCUGCUGGCCCCGGCCAUGUCGUCGCCCUUCUUCAACCCCAGCUUCGCUUUCAGCUCCCACUUGGACCCCGACAGCAGCCCGCUGGGCGAGCUCUCCUGGUCGCCCUCGCUCGCCGUGGUGGCUGUGUCCUUCUCAGGGCUCUUCACGGUCAUCGUCCUCAUGCUGGCCUGCCUGUGCUGCAAGAAGGGUGGCAUCGGGUUCAAGGAGUUUGAGAAUGCCGACGGGGAGGAGUCCGCGGCCGCGCGCUCGGCACAGGGCUCCCCGGCCGCCGCGGCGCUGGGUGGCCCCGACGUGUACGUGCUUCCGCUCACCGAGCUCUGCCUGCCCAUGGCCAAGCAGCCUGGGCGCUCAGUGCAACUGCUCAAGUCCACGGAGCUGGGCCGGCAUAGCCUGCUGUACCUGAAGGAGAUUGGGCACGGCUGGUUCGGGAAGGUGUUUCUGGGGGAGGUGAACUCGGGGGUGAGCAGCACCCAGGUGGUGGUGAAGGAGCUGCAGGUGAGCGCCAGCGUGCAGGAACAGGUGCAGUUCCUGGAGGAGGCCCAGCCCCACAGGGCCCUGCAGCACAGCAACCUGCUCCAGUGCCUGGCCCAGUGCGCUGAGGUGACACCCUACCUGCUGGUCAUGGAGUUCUGUGCCCUGGGUGACCUCAAGGGUUACCUGCAGAGCUGUCGGGUGAGCGAGUCGAUGGCGCCCGACGCCCUGACCCUGCAGCGCAUGGCCUGCGAGGUGGCCUGUGGGCUGCUGCACCUGCACCGCCACAACUACGUGCACAGCGACCUGGCCUUGCGCAACUGCCUGUUGACAGCCGACCUGACGGCCAAAAUCGGCGACUACGGUCUUUCUCAUUGCAAGUACCGGGAAGACUACUUUGUGACAGCUGACCAGCUGUGGGUGCCACUGCGCUGGAUCGCGCCCGAGCUGGUGGAUGAGGUGCAUGGCAACCUGCUGGUGGCGGGCCAGACCAAAGCCAGCAAUGUGUGGUCCCUGGGAGUGACCAUCUGGGAGCUGUUUGAGCUGGGCGUUCAGCCCUACCCCCAUCACUCGGACCGGCAGGUGCUGGCCUACGCGGUGCGGGAGCAGCAGCUCAAACUACCCAAGCCACAGCUGCAGCUGACCCUGUCUGACCGCUGGUAUGAGGUGAUGCAGUUUUGCUGGCUGCAGCCGGAGCAGCGGCCCACGGCUGAGGAGGUGCACCUACUGCUUGCCUACCUGUGCGCCAAGGGCGCCACCGAGGCCGAAGAAGAGUUCGAGCGGCGCUGGCGCUCCCUGCGGCCCGUUGGGGGCUCCGCGGGGUCGGGGUCGGGGCCGGCGCUGGGCAGCGCCUCGGGGGAGCUGGCCGCCUCCAACUCGUCUUUCCCGCUACUGGAACAGUUUGCGGGUGAAGGCUUCCACGUGGACGGCGACGACGUCCUGACCGUGACUGAGACCAGCCGUGGCCUCAACUUCGAGUACAAGUGGGAGGCCGUCCGGGGCGCAGGAGACACCUUCGCGCCGCCCGGGGCUACGCGCCUGCAGGAGCUGUGCGCCCCGGACGGCGCGCCCGGCGUGGUGCCCGUGCUCAGCGCGCACAGCCCCUCGCUGGGCAGCGAGUACUUUAUCCGCCUGGAGGAGGCCGCGCCUGCCGCCGGCCACGACCCCGACUGUGCUGGCUGCGUCCCGGGCCCGCGCACCGCCCAGGACUCGGACUCGGACUCGGGCGCCGGCGCCUCCCUGGCUGUGGAGCCGCUGCUGGGCCCCGCGCCUGCCGCUGCCUCCUGGGGCCCCUGCGACCCGCAGAGCAACGCGCGGGCCGAGCCCUGCCGCCCACGCUCGCCCUCACCAGGCGGACCCGCGGCCCAGGACGCCGACUGGGGCGCAGUCGCCUUCUGCCCGCCCUUCCUGGAGGACCCUUCGGCUGCGCGGCUGUCCCCGGGCGUCGAGGAAGAGGAGACCGGCGCGGCGGAGGCGCGGAGGGCGCAGCGCGGACACUGGAGCUCCAACGUGUCUGCUAACAACAACAGCGGCAGCCGCGGCCCUGAGGCCUGGGACCCCGGCUUUUCGGACAGCUGCCCCAGUCCAAAGCUGAGCCCACGGGCUUCCCCUGAGCAGGAGGACCCCAGGGAGCCCCUGCUUGGGCCGCAGUCAGCUCGCCCCAGCCCAGGGCCAGGUCGCUGCCUUGGUCUCCCCCAUCUCUGGAUAGACCCCUGGCCGGAGGCAGCCUGGCUGGGUACUGACGGCCAGCAGGCCCACCUGGCGGAGCCCCAGCUAGCCGAGGAGGCUGAGAGCUCUGGGGGACCCCAACUGCUCGUGCCCUCUGUCCCCUCCCCCUCCCAGGAGGGCGCACCCCUCCCCUCGGAGGGAGCAGGCGCCCCGGACGCCCUGCCCGGCUCCCCGACCCCUGCGGCCUGCUGCCAGGCCCCGGACAGCAGCUGCAGCCCCCCGGAGCUGGAGGUGGCCAGCGGUGAUGAGGAGGAUGCCGCAGCUAGGGCCACCGAGGCUGUCACCCCCAGCCUGCGGGAGAAGCCAGCCACGAUGCUGGCCGGGCAGCCCCAGGACCCCAAGGACUCGUUGGCCCUCCCAUGUGCAGAGAGUGAGGGUGGCUGUGAGCCCGCCGGCCCCUUGGCUGCUGGGCCCCCUGGGGGGCAGCCGCGAGCGCUGGACAGUGGCUACGACACGGAAAACUACGAGUCCCCCGAGUUCCUGCUGAAGGAGGCGCAGGAGGCCAGCCAGGAGUUGGGGAGCCCAGGCCUGGGGCCUGAGACGCUGCUGGCCACUCCCCGGGGGGCCCUCCGUGAGAAGAACCCUUACCGAGACUCGGCCUACUUCUCAGACCUGGACGCCGAGCCGGACCCCCCUUCCGCCCUGGGGAAGCAGCAGGUCCAUUCCCCGGGGGCUGAGCGGGGCCUGGGCAGCCCCCAGGAGGCAGCGCAGGGCACCGGCUCUGCUGAGGUGUGGCUGCCCGCAGUUGCUCCGGAGCCAGGGUCUCCCCACACCCCAGGUCCAGCCAGAAGCCUGGGGCUCGUCCUGCUCCCUGGGGCCUUGCUGAAGCCAGGAGGCAGCAGCCUGGAGCCUUCUGGGUUCCCCCAGGAGCGCGCAGAGGAUCCCCUCUGCCAGGCCUCGCCCGGUGGCCCCCCAGCGACUCCAGGGGGCCACUCGCUGGAGGAGGAAGAGGAGGACAGCGAGGACAGCGAGGAGUCGGAUGAAGAGCUGCGCUGCUACAGCGUGCAGGAGCCGGAGGAGGAGAGCGAGGAAGAGGUGGCCGCCGUGCCCGUGGUGGUGGCCGAGAGCCAGAGCGCGCACAGCCUGCGUGGCCUGCUCAAGGGCCCCGGCCUGCUGUCCCGCGCCCUGCGCGAUGGCCUGGAGCACAAGAAGAAGGCUGUCUCCUUCUUCGACGCUGUCACAGUCUACCUCUUCGACCAGGAGAGCCCGGCCCGGGACCCGGCGGAGCCCCCGCCCUGCGCCAAGGAGCAGCCCCCCACGUUCCUGGCGGGCAGCCCCAGGGCGCCCGGCCGGCCGCGCCCCUCAGACGGCUCCCCUGCGGCCGAGGGUGGUGGGUUUGAACGGGAGGACUUACCACUGACGCCAGCCAAAGCCACCCUGGCCCCUGCUGCACCCACCCCGGCCACGGCGCCCGCGCCCGCGUCACGCUUCACUGUGUUGCCCACGCCCGCCUCCCGCUUCUCCAUCACACACGUGUCGGACGCCGACGCCCAGGCUGUGGGAGGCCCUGCAGCCAGUGCCACGGACGCCUGAGCCCGGCAGCUCCGCCGUGGAUGUCACGGGAGCCCUGACCUUGUCUGCCUCAGCCAGCAGCCAGGACGGUGACCAGGCCUCCAGACCC